UAACCUACAACAUUGUCCCAUCUUCAGGCGUGAGCAAGUCCGACAUAGAGCGUCUUCUUGGUGAGUCGUAUCUCCUGCAACAAGCCGAGGACCUGGAGGACACAGAUGCUACAGAGGACAUGGGGGACAUAGAAGACAUCGGGGAACAACGAGAGGUGUCCUCACUCUUCCUGAAGAACGCUGACCAGUGCCCAGCCGUGAGGGAAUACAGCACGAACUGUGAGCUGGCUGAUCUCUACUCUCUACCUGUGGAUUAUGAAGCGCGCGCCUUGUGUAAUCUGCAUGAAAUGUGCUACGCUUGC